AUGUUUUUUCCACCAUCUCCUGUUAGCAAUAACAAUAAUAAUGUAACAGGAAAUACCAAUAAUGAGAAGAAAGAGACUUUAGAUGAAUAUUCUCGCAUGUUUUUUACACCACCACCGAUUAUCAAUCACAAUAAUGUAACAGGAAAUAACAAUAGUAAGAAGAAAGAGAGCUUUGAUGAAUAUUUUCACAUGCUAUUUCCACCACCACCCUUCCCACCACCAUCGCUUAUCAAUGACAACAAUACUAUAACAGGAAAUAAUAAGAAGAAAGAGAGCUCAGACGAAUAUUCUCGGAUGUAUUUUACACCACCAUUCCCAUCACCACUUAUCAAUAACAGCAAUACUGUAAAAGCCAAUAAUGAGAAGAAUGAUGAAUAUUCUCGCAUGCUUUUUCCACCACCACCACUUAUCAAUCACAAUAAUACUAUAACAAGCGAUAGUAAGAAGAAAGAGAGCUUAGAUGAAUAUUCCCACAUGCUAUUUCCAUCACCAUUCCCACCACCACCGCUUAUCAAUGAUAAUAAUACUAUAACAGGCAAUAAUGGGAAGAAAGAGAGCUUAGAUGACAAUAGUAAGAAGAAAGAGAGCUUAAAUGAAUAUCCUCGCAUGCUAUUUCCACCACCACCGAUUAUCAAGAACAAUAAUAUUAUAACAGGCGAUAGUAAGAAGAAAGAGAGCUUGGAUGAAUAUCCUCACAUGUUUUGUCCACCACCGCCGAUUAUCAAUCACAAUGAUACUGCAAUAGGCAAUAGUACGAAGAAAAAGAGCAUGUUAGUUCCCGCUCAAUCUCAACCUGCAACAUUUACGCCUGUCGCAAAUCAAUCAGGAGAAUCUUCCACCCCACAAAGACGUCGAACUUUUAUAAAACAUCUCUUGACUAACUUUAUUCGCGUAAACAAUCCAGACUAUAAAGCUCCUCCCCGACUACAAAAAUCUCUGCCACCCCUACCUCCACAUCCAUCACCGUCUCCAAUUAUCAAAAACAAUACUACUGUAAUAGACAAUAGAAAGAAAAAAGAGAACGUGUUUUCUCACCAAGUUUCUGCUCAAUCACAACCUGCAACCCCUACAAUUGUCGUAAACCAAUCAAGAGGAUCAUCUACUCUACAAAGACGCCAAACUGCUCCUCCCCAGUUACAAAAACCUCGAUCGCUACCUAGGGUUAUUAAUAGCAAUAAUACUGUGACAAGCAAUAGUAAUAGCAAGAAAAAAGAGGAUGAUAAAUAUCUAUUUAAUCCACUUAUCAACAAUAAUAAUUCGAAAAGCAAUGAUAAAACUGGAGAGAAUAAAAACUCAAAAUUUGAUAUAAACAAUACUAAUAAAGCUCCAGAGGAUAACAGUAUUUUUCUUGGAUAUUUUCCACCAAGUCCUAUUAUCAAUAAUAAUUCUACAAAUACUAAUGGCAGCAAUCAGAAUCUACACAGAUUUUUGGCUUUAUCCCCACAAAAAAAAGCGUGCGUCGUAUGUAUAGAGACUUUUGAUAGUACACAAUUAAUUCAAAUCUCGAUUAAGUGUCAACAUGAGAAUAAUAUUUGUCAAGAGUGUAUUGCGAGACAUAUCGAACACGAGUUGCUAGAUAAAGGAAACAUUGAAAUUAGAUGUCCAGAUGAGGAAUGCAGAAGUGUGAUGACUGAAGAUUAUAUCAAAACAUUGUCCAGUGAAACGAUCUUUGAAAGAUAUCAGAAAUUAUCACUUGUAUCUGUACUUUCGCAAAUAGAUGAUUUUUACUGGUGCUUGAAUCCCAAUUGUGAUUCUGGUCAAAUUCAUUAUGGAGGACACGCUGCACCGAUAAUGACGUGCCAAUCCUGUUCGAAAAAAACAUGUGUUAUGCAUUCACUUCCAAUUCCAGAUAGCUCACUAAGCUGUUCACAAUGCACCAACAUAACCGAAACAUUUAAUAACGAUAAUGUGCAAGACAUUGUGCGAGAACCUGCAGCUUCACAAUCUUCGAAUAAAACGCUAAAACAAAUACGACAACGAAGACAAACAUUAGAAGAUUCGCAGAAGAGACGAGAGGAUCUGCUGAAAGAAAAAAAUAGACGAAUGGAAGAAAUGUCAACAGUUUAUAUUGAUUCUAUGACAAAAAAGUGUCCUAAAUGUAAUGCUAAUAUUGAGAAGAAUGAGGGGUGUGAUCAUAUGACGUGUCGCGCGCCUAGAUGUGGAUAUGAAUUUUGCUGGCUUUGUUUCGCUGAUUACGAUGCGAUUCGUAAAAAUGGAAACAAAUAUCACAAGGCAACUUGCAAAUACUAUGCUUGA